GUGGGGACGAUUUUGGGGACGUACCCAUUUAGGAAGUUAAUCGCAUACAGCGCGUUUUGGUUGUGUACAUGCGUAACAAACCGUCCAACGGCGCCUCACUCAUGUUGAAAAAUAAAUAAAGUCGACGUUGUAGCUUCUUGAGAGGGCCACCAUGGAGAAACAAACCCCCGCUAAAAAGGCUGCAGCUCCUUCUGUGUCUCAGAUUAAUGCAGAAUAUGUCACACAGUUAGCUAAUAAAUAUUGGGCUCCUCAUGCAAAGAAUAAACUACCAUUUGACCCUAAGGUGAUGGAAGAUGUUUAUGAAAAAGAGAUUCUCAAGUCCAAAUUUGCCAUCAGAAAAAUUAUGCUGCUUGAGUUCAGCCAGUACCUAGAGAACUAUCUGUGGGUGAACUACACUCCCGAGGUGUCCAGCAAUGCCUACCUCAUGUCCAUUUGUUGUAUUGUCAACGAGAAGUUCAGAGAGAACGUCCCAGCUUGGGAGGUGUUCAAGAAGGAGCCCAGCCACUUCCCUUUCUUCUUCAAAUGUGUGAUGGAAGCUGUGUUGGCAGGCGAGGAGGCUGGCCUCACUCUGAAGGAACAAACCGUGCUGCUGGUCUUCCUGGACCACUGCUUCAACAGUCUGGAGGUAGAUUUGAUCAGAGAACAGGUGCAGCAGCUCAUCUCUCUGCCUAUGUGGAUGUGCCUCUUACCAUCCAGACUCCAACAUGAGCUAAAGAAAGUUCCAAAGCUGCAGAAGUUCUGGAAUCUAAUAAAGAAGAAAUUCGAUAAGAUGGAUGCUGACGCGGCUGAUCAGGCAAAAAAAGAGAGGACCUUCCUCUCAGCUCUCAUUAAAAAAUUUCUUGGAGUUCUCAUGUCAAUUCCUCCAUCAGAUACUGUAUCCAUGGACAAAGUACAUUAUUGUGAGAGAUUCAUUGAACUCAUGAUUGAUUUGGAGGCCCUGUUGCCCACCAGGCGUUGGUUUAAUACAGUGUUGGAUGACUCUCACUUGGUGGUCAGCUGCCACUUGUCAAGCAUCACCCAGAGAGAAAAAGAGGGACACCUCUUCUGCCAGUUGUUGGACAUGCUGAAGUUCUACACAGGCUUUGAGAUCAAUGACCAGACAGGAAACGCCCUGACACAGAAAGAGAUGACUACCCUGCACUAUGACAGAAUCACCUCCCUGCAGAGGGCGGCAUUUGCUCAUUUCCCAGAGCUGCAAGAGUUCGCUCUGUCAAACAUAGCAGCAGUAGACACUAGAGAAUCCUUGACCAAACAUUUUGGGCAUCUCAGUCCCAAUACUCUCCACCAGGUGGCCUCGUACCUUUGUCUGCUGCCAGAGCUGCUGGAUGGGCAAGACACCACCUAUGAGAAGGAGGUUCUCCUUGAGCUGUUGGUAUCACGUCAUGAGCGCAGAAUCUCUCAGAUUGAGCAACUUAACCAGAUGCCCCUUUAUCCAACAGAGAAGAUAAUCUGGGAUGAGAACAUUGUCCCAACGGAGUACUACUCAGGCGAAGGCUGCCUGGCGCUGCCUAAGCUGAAUCUCCAGUUCCUGACCCUCCAUGACUACUUGUUGAGGAACUUUAACCUGUUUCGUCUAGAGUCCACCUAUGAGAUCAGACAGGACAUAGAAGAUGUGGUGUGGCGUAUGAAACCAUGGCAAUCAGAGUAUGGUGGAGUGGUAUUUGGGGGCUGGGCCAGGAUGGCUCAGACGAUCACUUCUUUUUCCAUAGUCGAGGUUGCCAAGCCCAACAUUGGAGAGAGCUGGCCAGCUCGUGUCCGAGCUGAUGUCACUGUUAACCUCAAUGUCCAAGAUCAUAUCAAGCAAGAGUGGGAAGAUUUUUAUUUCGAUUGUACACUUUGUAACAGUGUUUUCAAAAAAUACCAUACAAAUUUAGAUUUAUUACUUCUAUAUUUAUCACUAAAGGUGCCUCCUUGCUCUAACAAGCAUUCUCCCCACCACUUUGUUCUAGGACCUGAACCAAAGCCUAAGCUGCGAGGGGAUGCCAGAACAUUCCGUGUUUGGCUGGACCCAAAUCAGUAUCAACAGGACAUGACCAGCAGUAUUCAGAGUGGCACUGAAGACCCAUAUGAGACUUUCAGCAUCAUCAUGAGACGCAAACCCAAGGAGAAUAAUUUCAAGGCAGUGCUAGAGACCAUCAGAAACCUGAUGAACACAGAGUGUGUUGUCCCAGACUGGCUUCAUGACAUUAUCCUAGGCUAUGGAGACCCCGGCAGUGCCCACUAUUCCAAAAUGCCAAAUCAGAUCUCCACAUUGGACUUCAAUGACACCUUUCUGUCCCUGGACCAUUUACGUUCAUGUUUCCCUGGUUACACCAUAAAGGUCGCUGAGGAGAAUCCUGAACUGCAAGUCCCCCCUUUCAGAAUCAAGUUUCCCAUCUCAAACAAAACAGACAAAGGGAAGAAGAGAAAGGCAGAUGAAGAAGUGGCAGAAAAAGAGGAAGACAUGACCUUGGUUGUUGAGCCCUAUGUCACCCCCAACCGUGGGCCGUAUCCCUACAACCAGCCCAAACGGAAUACAAUUCAGUUCACUCCUACUCAGAUUGAAGCCAUUCGAGCUGGUAUGCAGCCAGGACUCACCAUGGGGUUUUCCUUGUUUGAUUAUAUUUACUUGUUACCAUUGUUCAUUCUACACCAGGCUCUGAACCAGCUGUUUGAAAAGAUCAUGGCUCUAGACAUCGAUGAGCGUCACCUCCUGCGUCUGGGCCACGGAGAGGAGGAGCUGGAGACUGAGAAGGACUUCAGCAGAUAUGGCAGGGUAAACUAUGUCCUAACUAGAAGGCUGGAGCUCCUCAGAGAGGUGGGGAGGUUACAGGAGAGCUUGGAUGUCCCGGGAGAUGUUUCUUACACCUGCGAGACUGCUGGACACUUUUACCUCUACCAGGUGAUAUCUCGCUGGGAAGAGUACAUGAGCAAAGUCAGGCCUAAACAGGGCAAGGAAGUGGAGGUGGAGGUUGUGGCUGCGCACUUUCCCUUCCACAAGUACUUUUCCAACGCCCCCCAGCCUGUGUUCAAGGGUCGGUCAUAUGAAGAGGACAUGGUCAUUGCAGAGGGCUGCUACCGCCACAUCAAGAAAAUAUUUACCCAGCUGGAAGAGUUUAGGGCCUUUGAGCUGCUGAGAAGUGGACUGGACCGCUCCAAGUAUCUACUAGUGAAGGAAGCCAAAAUCAUCGCUAUGACCUGUACACAUGCUGCACUCAAACGUCAUGACCUGGUGGAGUUGGGAUUUAAGUAUGACAACAUCCUGAUGGAAGAAGCUGCUCAGAUUCUGGAAAUUGAGACCUUCAUCCCUCUAUUGUUACAGAAUCCAGAGGAUGGCUACAGCAGGCUGAAGCGUUGGAUCAUGAUUGGAGAUCACCACCAGCUGCCCCCUGUUAUCAAGAACAUGGCCUUCCAGAAGUACUCCAACAUGGAGCAGUCUCUCUUCACGAGAUUUGUGCGCCUGGGAGUGCCCACCAUAGAUCUGGAUGCGCAGGGUCGUGCACGUGCGAGCCUGUGUAAUCUGUACAACUGGCGCUACAAACACUUGGGGAACCUACCUCAUGUCCAGCGACUGCCUGAGUUCCAGGUGCCCAACCCUGGCGUAACCUUUGACUUCCAGCUAAUUAAUGUGGAGGACUUCAAUGGGGUGGGAGAAUCUGAGCCCAACCCUUACUUCUACCAGAACCUGGCAGAAGCAGAGUAUUCUGUGGCUUUGUACAUGUACAUGCGUCUAUUGGGCUACCCCGCUGACCGCAUCAGCAUCCUCACCACCUACAAUGGGCAGAAACAUCUGAUCAGAGAUGUCAUCAACCAACGCUGUGCUGGCAAUCCCUUCUUCGGACAGCCUAACAAGGUAACAACAGUGGACAGGUUCCAGGGUCAGCAGAAUGACUACAUCAUCCUCUCACUGGUCCGUACCAAAGCCGUGGGACACUUAAGGGAUGUGAGGCGUCUGGUGGUGGCCAUGUCAAGAGCCAGACUGGGUCUGUACAUCUUUGCCCGGGUGUCACUGUUCCAGAACUGCUUUGAGCUGACUCCUGCCUUCAACCAGCUCACUGCCAGACCUCUGCAGCUGCAUAUCAGACCGCAUGAGUACUACAACCAGGAACAGCCUAGAGAUGCUUCGGGACAGCCAGACCAAAUCAUCAAGAACAUGCCAGAGAUGGCCAACCUGGUGUAUAAUAUGUACAUACACAUGAUCCAGACCUCUCAGAAGUACAGACAGCAGCAACAGCAAAAACUGGCUCUGCCUCCACAACAAACCAAGACAGAUGCUGUGAUGGAGAAAGUGCCAGCUAGCUCUGGGGACCCGCAGGAAGAAACCCCCAUGGAGCAGGAGACCCCAGAAGGAGAGGCAAGCUCAGAGCCAAACUCUGAGGGCACCCAUGAGAAAGAAGAAAAUCAAGAUACAGUGGGCCAUGCUAAGAUGCCAGAGCAUCCUGGAAGAGACAGUGACAGCGAUGGAGAGGACAGCGGGGAGGAGCAAGAGCAAUAGAGCAUCUUCAGAUGGGACUGCUGUCUAAUUAGGGGCCUCAGUUAUUGAGGGGACCAAGGACUGUCCCUUAAGAAAAGAUUAGUGUGGAGUCAGUGAUUCAGAAUUUGUUUUCUAGUGAAAAGAGGUCCUGAUGAUGAUGUUUCAUUUUGUAGAACAUUUGAUUUUGUAACCAUCAGUACUUUUAUAUUAAAAAUUGAAACCCA